CUCGGGAGUGCGCGCGAGAUUGUGUGCGCGCUGUCACUGACAGAGAGUCUCUGAGAAGACACCAAAUCAAGACUUCAGUUCCCUGAGGGUGCUAUGGCGACCUUCCAGGAGUUCAUCCAGCAGAACGAGGACAGGGAUGGCGUCCGUUUCAGCUGGAAUGUUUGGCCAUCCAGUCGUCUGGAAGCCACACGCAUGGUGGUUCCAGUGGCCUCGCUGUUCACCCCCCUAAAAGAGCGACCGGAUCUUCCCCCGAUUCAGUAUGAGCCUGUGCUGUGUAGUCGAGCCACGUGCCGAGCUGUUCUCAAUCCUUUGUGCCAAGUGGAUUACAGAGCAAAACUUUGGGCAUGCAACUUCUGUUAUCAGAGAAAUCAGUUUCCACCAACUUAUGCUGGGAUAUCUGAGGUGAACCAGCCUGCUGAGCUGCUUCCACAAUUUUCCACAAUUGAAUAUGUUGUCCAGCGUGGUCCACAGAUGCCCUUGAACUUCCUGUAUGUGGUGGACACAUGUGUGGAAGAUGAGGAUCUACAGGCCCUGAAGGAGUCUCUUCAGAUGUCCCUGAGCCUGCUGCCUCCCACUGCCCUGGUCGGCCUCAUUACUUUUGGACGCAUGGUCCAGGUUCAUGAGCUGGGCUGUGAAGGCAUCUCUAAAAGCUAUGUCUUUAGGGGCACCAAAGAUCUCAGUGCUAAGCAGCUACAGGAGAUGCUUGGGUUGACCAAACCAGCUGCAGCACAGGCAGGCCGAGGGCCACAGCAGCCUCAAGCUCCUACUUCAAACCGGUUUCUUGAGCCAGUACAGAAGAUAGAUAUGAACCUGACAGAUUUGCUGGGAGAGCUGCAGAGAGACCCGUGGCCUGUCACUCAAGGCAAACGACCUCUGAGGUCACUCGGAGUUGCUCUUUCUAUUGCUGUUGGUUUAUUGGAGUGCUCUUUCCCUAACACCGGUGCUCGCAUCAUGGCUUUCAUUGGGGGUCCAGCCACUCAGGGUCCAGGCAUGGUGGUAGGAGAUGAACUGAAAACACCUAUUAGAUCCUGGCAUGACAUUGAGAAAGACAAUGCCAAGUUCAUGAAGAAAGCCACUAAACACUAUGAAGCUUUGGCCAACCGAGCUGCAACCAAUGGACACAUCAUUGAUAUUUAUGCAUGCGCCCUGGACCAGACAGGAUUACUGGAAAUGAAGUGCUGCACCAACUACACAGGGGGUUAUAUGGUGAUGGCAGACUCCUUCAACACAUCCCUGUUCAAGCAAACUUUCCAAAGAGUUUUCACCAAGGAUGUGCAAGGUGCCUUUAAGAUGGCAUUGGCAGGGACUCUGGAGAUUAAGACUUCAAGAGAGAUUAAAAUAUCUGGAGCAAUUGGCCCGUGUGUCUCACUGAACGCCAAAGGCCCUUGUGUGUCAGAAAAUGAAAUAGGAACUGGUGGCACAAGUCAGUGGAAGAUUUGUGGACUGGACCCAAAUACUACUCUUGCAUUCUACUUUGAGGUCGUAAAUCAGCACAACGCUCCCAUCCCACAGGGUGGCCGUGGAGCCAUACAGUAUGUAACACAAUAUCAACAUUCUAGUGGGCAAAGACGUGUCCGAGUGACUACGAUCGCAAGGAACUGGGCCGAUGCUCAAAUUCAGAUACAGAGCAUCGCUGCAUCUUUUGACCAGGAGGCUUCUGCUAUCCUCAUGGCCCGUCUGGCCGUCUAUAGGGCUGAAACAGAGGAGGGGCCAGAUGUUUUGCGGUGGCUGGACCGUCAACUCAUCCGCUUGUGCCAGAAAUUUGGAGAUUACCAUAAAGACGAUCCCAACUCAUUCCGUUUCUCCGAGACAUUCUCGUUGUAUCCUCAGUUUAUGUUCCAUCUGAGAAGAUCUUCAUUCCUGCAAGUGUUCAACAACAGUCCUGAUGAAAGCACUUACUACAGACACCAGUUCAUGAGGCAGGACCUGACACAGUCUCUCAUAAUGAUACAGCCCAUCCUGUAUGCAUACUCAUUCAGUGGCCCACCAGAGCCUGUGUUGUUGGACAGCAGCAGUAUCUUGCCCGACCGCAUCCUCCUCAUGGACACUUUCUUCCAGAUUCUGAUCUACCAUGGAGAGACAGUGUCUCAGUGGCGUAAAGCGGGAUACCAGGAAAUGCCCGAGUAUGAGAACUUCCGCCAUCUGCUGCAGGCUCCAGUAGACGAUGCCCAAGAGAUUCUACACUCCCGAUUCCCCAUGCCACGCUAUAUAGACACGGAGCAUGGAGGCAGCCAGGCCCGUUUCCUGCUUUCCAAAGUGAAUCCUUCUCAGACACACAACAACAUGUAUGCAUGGGGUCAGGAGUCUGGUGCGCCCAUUCUGACAGAUGAUGUGAGUCUUCAGGUCUUCAUGGAUCAUUUGAAAAAGCUGGCUGUGUCCAGCGCUGCCUAAGAGCCCUGAGUCUCCGCUCAUCAAUCACAUUGUUCCUUUUCUAAUCCCAGAAGCACAAAGGCAGCGGGGCACAUUAGCCCGGUCCUCAGUUUUCCCCAUUUAUAUUAUGCAUAUAUAGAUGUCAGAUCCUUAAAAAGAGAGUCAAGUUGAUCAUGAAAUGUAAUUCUUUCAAAAAUGUAUUAUGAAAAUAAAAAAGACCAACGCCACACCCUGAUUAACACUACAUGUUGAAUAUGCAUCAGGACCGUUUUAAUACAAAUUUAUUUAGCUAUGUAACUGCUAUGUAACAUAUUUAAAGAAAUAGGUUACCCCCUCACAAAAGUCCCAUCAUGUUGUUUUAUACUUGUAUGCUGUUAUUUUUCCAUUAAUUGUUUUUUUUAUUUUAAGAAUUAUUACACACUUGCCAUACAACAACAGUUCAGACUGACCUGAGCUUGUCAAUCCCCCCACCCCCAAUUAAAAAAAAGCACCAUUAAAAUACCAUAAAAGUAGUCUAGACUACUCGUAUGCUAUAUUCCAAGUCUUUUGAAGCCAUACUUUGGGUUUGGGAGAGGAAAAUAUUUAAAUUUCAGUAAUCUUUAAGUAAUAAAGUAUUGCACCCUUCCCUUGCCUGUGUUCACGUCCAGAAUUAAAUGCCGUUUUGACGUCAGUGAUGUUGACGCAUCAUUUUUAAAGUGGAUUAUGGUGCAGAAUGUUGCCUAAAGUGAAAAUCAUCAGUGAAUAACAACUUAAAUUUCAAUCUGUUCCUCACACAAAACUAUUGGAUGGCUUCAGAAGACGAAUAUAGCGCACAAGUAUUACAGACACAUUUUAAAAUUUUUGUCCUCAUUGAAUGUCAUAGUCAUUUAAGAAUCUUUAUGCAGCUAUCUGGUUUUACCGCCAAAAUAACAGCAUUUGGGUUUUGAACAACAUAAGUAAAUAAUGACAGAAUUAAAUUUGGGGGUAAACUAUCCCUUUAAAUCUGAUGUUUACCUUUAUAAAUCUCUGUGCUGAAACCUCAUGUUGAACAGAGGGAGAAAAUUAGGUUUUGUUUUAGCACACCUGCAGCAGACACUUUUGUUUGCCUAGUCGAGGAAGGUGAAAGCAGUGCCAUUGUAGCCUAUUUAGCAUAAGAGCAUCAAUGCUGCCUCUAGCCAACAGCGCAGAACAAUUGCUUAUUUUUAGACCCCAUUCGUGUCGCCGUUGAUGGUUACUGUUUCAGUGCAGUGUUGAGAGCCUCAUUUCAAUCACAGACUUGUGGAAUUUUAAAGUUGCCUUUUUCGCUCUGAUAUUUAUGAGCCAUUUCUAGCAGUAUUGUAUGUUUUGUUUCUAAUAAAACACGGCUUGAUCACCCCAGUUGGUCUUCAGAGUUCAGCUACUAAAGAGUGGAAACAGAAUGAUAUAUAUAUAUAAAAACAUUUCUUUCUUUGUCACUCUUCCUUUCAAAUCAGAAUACUACUCUCAAAGGACACGGCUUGUCUCUAUGUGUCUCUUUUUCCUUUAAAAGGAAGAGUUAUGCCACAUCAUGUCAUUCCAAACCUGUAUAACUUUCUUUCUUCCAUGGAACACAAAAGGAGAUGUUUUGAAGAAUGUCUCCACUGCUUUUGUCCUUACAUCAUUAGUAUACAGCGACCAGGAGCUCCAAAAGUUACCAAAACGCACCAUAAAAGUAGUCCCGUGCUAUAUUCCCAGUCAUUUGAAGCCGUAUGAUAGAUUUGUGUGAAGAACAGAAAAGUACUCAAAUGAUUCACUGAAAAUAACGACCCUCAUCAUUGAGUCAACUAUUACUAACACCAUAUGGUUCUCGACCUUUUGUGUUCCACGAAAGAAAGUUAUGCAGGUUUGAAUGAGUAAAUGUUGUACAAAUAUUCACUAAUGGGCAAACUAUUCCUUUAACAGAGAGCAAUAAUUGCUUGUUCCAUGAGUGAAGCUGCCUUUUCACGACUGUCGCAUUUUUGCCCCCUAGUUGUAGUUGCAGUGAACUUUCAAUUUGCUCGCAAUAGAUUGGAUUCGUUGCAAGAAGUCACUUGCGAAUUGCGUCAGAGCACGCAGUCCUUUUGAGACAUAUAAAACAUUUUAUAAUUAAAAGGAAGCUUUUAAGAAAGGUCGUAAGGUUUUUGGUUUUCUGAGUUUGUUGACAUUCGGCUACUGUGGGAUUUUGUUAAGCAGAUGGAUAAAUUCGAUUAAAUUCAUGAUUAAUCACUCUGUAUUUCUUAUUGUUGUUAUUAUUAUUACUACUGUUUUUAUAGAUGUAAAUAAUUCAAAAUGGGGAGUAGGC